AUGGGGAAGAGCCGGUCGCGGGCGGCGAAGGCGGCGAGCGUCUUCCGCAUCGCCCGCAGCGGCGCCGUCAAGGCCAAGGCGAAGGGCAAGGCGCGGCCCGUCACCUCCGGGCUGAAGCAGAUAAACAUUAAAAAUGCCGAGAAAGUUAGCACAAUAAAUAAAGCAUUUGCUGAAGUUCAGAAAGAAGUACAGCAGCUAUCAAAAGGCACUGCAGCAGAACCUCAGAAGAGUCAUCAGGUUUCCACACAUCUGGAAGAGGAACAAGCAAACGUGGAUGCUACCACAAGCCUAUUAUCUCAGUUGUAAUGCAUAAUGG